CGCAUCCUAGUCAGACCCAUCAACUGCCACUACCGGUAUGAUUCUGAACCCAGCGACACCCGUCGCGCUACUCGCCAUUCUGCGUGUGUCGGACGUUCGCCCCAACAUUCCACCGUGUCUUGCGAAUAAUUUCUUUGGAAUCUUCGGCCAGCAGUCCGUAUUCAAGAUACCCGACUCCUCGUGCUUUGAGCUGCUCCCGAACACCGUUGACGAGGGCUCAGUAGUUCCUUUGUACUUGCCAGAGGAUGGGCCGCAACAACUAGUCUGGAUACAGGAGUCAUCCAUCCACAAGUCCCUUCGGACGCCCAAGUACGAGGCUGAAGUUGCAGAUUUCGUUGACUGGCUACUCUCUAAGAAGCAUAUCACGUAUCCUGACGGACAGACCGUCCUAUUUGAAGGCGAGAAGUCUAGCCCAGUUUCUCUCGUCUAUCAUACUACCAACUCCGGUGUUGUCGCUGUUGCCGACCAGGGCGCUGCGCAUAUCCUGUCUACUCGUCUACCUCGGUUCUGGAAAGCUUCGCCUAUCCCUGCAUCGCCUGUAUCAUACCUCCCCGUUCCAGAUGCCGCAAUCGAGCGCGUCCGUGAUCUCCUCGUUUCCCUUCGAUUCGACGCUCUCGUCGCAGGCAUUGUCAAUGGGAUCUCUGUGGAACAGAUGCACAAGGACAUCCGAUACCUUACCAACGAAGACGGAAUGUCGGGCAUUGCCUCUAGACAUUCGUUCCACCACGGCUCGAGGGUCGCUGGCGAGUGGUUAAAGACACAGUUCGAGCAUGCGGGCGCAAAGUGCAGGUUCAUGCCAUUCUUGGAGGGCUUCGCGCCCAAUGUCAUUUGUCGAUACGAUGCUAAGACGGAGAGUCUUGAUACCGUGCUUAUCUCCGGUCACUAUGAUUCCCGUGGUUCUUUCGGUAUGGAACGAGCACCGGGCGGGAACGACGACGGUUCAGGGACAAUCUCAAUUCUCAAUAUCGCACGACGGAUAAAGCAAACUGGUAUAACCUUUAGGAACAAUGUCGAACUAGUUGCCUUUGCUGGUGAAGAACAAGGUUUAUUGGGAUCAAAGGCAUAUGCGAAGGAACUGCGUGAGAGCGGCGCGAAUAUCAUUCUUAUGAUCCAGGGAGAUAUGCUUGCGUAUCGCGCUCCUGGCGAACCUCCUCAACUGGGUUUCCCACGGUCCAUCGGCACCCCUGAAGUGACACAGCUUGUCGCCAACAUUUCUGCCAUCUACAGUCCUGAGCUCACAGUUGGGUUCACCCCUGCCUGCUGUAGCGAUCACCAGUCCUUCCAUGAACAAGGAUACCCUGCAACUCAUCUUUUCGAACGUAUGGGUCCAAUUGCCGACCCCAUGUACCACAACAGUGGGGACCUCAGCGACAGACCAGGAUACGACUUGAACCAGGUCCGCUCGAUCUGUAAGGUCCAGUUCGCUACAUUGCUCCAUGCUGCCGGUUUCGAUCUCCCUGAAGGUGUCAGUUUAGAGGAUCUGGAAGAGCAUGAUUGAACAUUUGUAUCGGGCGUGUAUGGAGUGUUGUCGACUUUCCUGGAAUCACGUCAUGGACAGCACUCGUGGAACAGAAUGCUUAUACUUAUGUUUAUGUAUAUUGCUCUUACCUGCCCGAAUAGGUUCACCGGUGCGGUUCACUACUUAGGAACGAAGGUCUAAGG